CAACAACGUUGAGAUCCCACCACACAGCAUCACUGAAGCAAUGUCUAAAUCCAGUGACAACGCCAUCCCCUUUGUGCUCCUCCUCGUUUCCAUCACUCCAUUCACUCAAAACUCCCUAGUCUUCGGAUCCACACUCUCAGACCGCAUUGCCAGAAGGCCUGAUCCAUUGCGAAAAUUCAAACACUACGGCCGAGAUUAUGAUAUUUCCGACAAACAUUACUGGGCCUCUACGGCAUUUACAGGAAGUCCUGGUUAUGCAGUGGCAGGAGUUUGGUUGCUCUCUGGCUUGGGUUUUGCAGUUUUUGUAAUUGUCAAGAAUUUAAAUGGAAGUGCAUCUCCUGUAGUUGAUCGUCCGAACUCGUCGAAUUUGAUAAUGUUCUUCCUUAUUGUUCUGUUUACUGUUUUUGCCAUAAGUGCUAGCAGUAUCAUAAUUGCAGCAAACCAGAAGUCACUGCAGAGGGCUGAAAAGCUUGAAGAUACUCUAUUUGGUGCUGGUGACGAUACUUCCCAAACCAUAGGAAAAGUUAGAGCUACGUUGUGGCGCAUGCAAACUUCUCUACUCCCAUAUGACUCGAAAACAUGCGCUCUACUGGAUCUGAUAGGACAUCGGCUGAGAAAAGGAUCGUUGAGCAUUCACGGUUUUGUGGGAAGUACCAGAAAAUCUUGUGACCGAGCUAUUCAUACAUUCUACUUGGUGAAUCUUGUGGUCGUGUCGGUUAACUUGGUGCUUUUAGUUGCUGGAUUAGUUCUGAUUGCCUUGCAUUAUCGUCCUGGUAUUAUAGUCUUAAUCUUCUCUUGUUGGAUUCUGACAACUUUUAGUUGGAUUCUAACCGGUCUGGAUUUCUUCUUCUACACUUUUGUUGGGGAUACUUGUUCAACUUUGACGAAUUACGUGGAAGACCCCCGAAACAAUAGCCUUACGGACAUGCUUCCUUGUCCAAAAUCCGCGGAUUCUGACAGAACUUUAGGACAAAUUAAUCGCAGUGUUCAUGAUUUCAUUGCUGAGAUAAAUUCAAAAAUCCAAGAAGUGCUUGCAAGCAUCGAAGGAGACGAGCAUCAACCGAUCCCAGAAAUUUGUGACCCUUUCUCCGCUGCACCAAAUUUCAGCUAUUCACCUCAAAUUUGUCGAAACGAUUCCAUCCAAGUCAGAAAUUUACCAAAUGUUCUUUCAAGAUUCAUAUGUUACGAGGAAAACACUACAGAAAAUUGCCAAGCAGACGGUAGAUUUCUGCCCGAAGCUGUCUACCCUGUAUCUUUAGCUUACUGUCAAUCAAUUCAGGAUUUCAUCGACAUAUACCCUGAUAUGUCGGGGCUAAUGAAAUGUUCCGCUGUGAAACAAGCUUUUGCGGACAUUGUCCAACGACAAUGUAAGCCUAUGAGGCGGACAACGAAGAUGCUAUGGUUGUCGAUGUUAGCCUUUUCCAUUGUUAUGGUGGUUGUGGUGUUGCUGUGGUCUGAUAAAACCAUUCGGGACAGGAGAAGGUGCUCCGUUAGGUGGUCCAUUUUUCAUAGACAAGUACAUGGGAGUUCAUAGUUAAGUUUUGCCAAAAUUAAUGUUGUAAAGGAAAUUCAUUGCUGCAAAUAAAUGUAUAUAUACUUGAAGCCAUGAUGUCGCAAGACCAGCUUGGUUUAGCAUAUAAAUGAAAAAUAUGUGACCAUAAUACUUCAAAAUUUUGUGU